AUGGCUAUCAUCAUUUUACCGUGGUAUAUUUAUUUUAUAAUCCGCCGAUCACGGAUUCAAGCACAAGCUGCAAUCAAUGUCAACUACGCAUUACUUAACUUCGAAAAAAUAUAUCCUGAAGGAAAACUAGAAGGUUGGCGGGAAAUAUCGAAUGCCACAAGUUCACAUGUUAAUAUCAAAGAUGAAGAAAUUGAAAGGAAGUAUAUAGCUAGAGUUUACAGACGAAGUAGCAGUCAGUGUGAUAUGAGCAGUAAGACAGCAUUAGAAGUUAGCUCAUCAGCAACGGAAGGUUCACGUAAUUCAAAACCAACUAAGCCAGUUCAGAUAAAGUCAAUUAUCAAUGACAAUGAAACAGACGAUGAUAAUGAAUUUUCAACACAUUCUAUCACCGGAACUGAAUCAACCGAAGUACCUAAAAACAUACCGAUCUCAAUAGACCAUAAGUGA